AUGACAUGCGUGACGUUUCCGAUGGCUUCGUUAUCAUCGAGAAGCGACGAUCGAUUUCAGCAAUUGAAAAUUUUUGCUUCUCCGGUUCCAACAAGUAAUUCUACAUGUGCAAAAUUCGAUAUACGAUCAGCGUAUAAUAUGUAUUUACAGCCGGUGAAUGCACUGGUUGGAGAUAUUUGUUCUAUAGUACAACUGCAGCCGAUGUUAAUGAUAUAUCUCAACGAUUAUAUCGAUGAAAAUCAUGCGUCACCAGCUGCUUACCUAUUUUUUCUUAAACUUCUCACAUUCUUACAUUAUCCGAUGGUGACAUUUCAUUUUUUUCACCCAUUUCAUCCAGGACUGUUCCCUAAUUUACGUUUCUUUCAAUUGGCACCGACAUAUCGUGAAGAAGCUCGCGCGUUAAUAUCUCUAAUGGAAAGAUACGAUUGGAAUACAUUUUCGCUGAUUAUCGAUCCACAAUUGCCAGGUGAAGAAGAUCUCGUCGCAGAAUUUGAGGAACAUAAUUCCGAACAACGAAAUUGUAGAAAGAAUUUGUGUAAUCGAAAUCUUCGCAAAGAUCAGAAAAAAUUAACCAUUCUGUCCAUAGUUCACGUAAGAAGCACCGACCCAGCUCACGUAAGACAGCAGUUAUCCUCGAUGAAUCCUGAAACACGUGUGAUCAUCAUGCACACGACUUCAACAUUAGCAUCAAUUAUUGUCAAACAGGCCAACAACAUAAGUCUCACAGGACCUGAGUAUAUGUGGAUUAUGUCAUCCAUUGUUCUUUCUACGUACAGCAGCGGAAAUGCGCCACGACUAAGUCCAUAUGACAACCCAAAUCGACGGAAAAUGGACUUUUCAGCUGGCACUUUAGCUUUAUAUAACGAUGCUACUCGAGAUUCUGUGCUUGCUCGAUUUGACAGAUAUAUUGGCCCAUUACUAGUGAAUGUUUUCUCAAAACUAAUCCCAUUAAAUGUAACACAACAACGAACGAUGAGCACGACGUCAUUGAGACGUACUUUCACUCAAGAUCGAACUGUAUGCAAUCGAUUAUUUGCUGCCAAUAAAUCAUUCGAUCAUUCAUCAUUGAGACAUGUCUAUCCAGGCCUUUAUGACUUGUUAAAAGCGGAGUUUCAACGAGCUUAUAGUAUAUUUCAACAUGAUGGUUUAGCAAUGGCAGCGAAUUACUCUGUGUUGAAUUAUCAAAUGCCAAAUAAAGAAUGGAAAAAAGUGGGAGAAUAUGUUAAUAAUACACUGGCAAUAGCAGAUAUUCAGUGGCCUGGUGGUCGAUCGAAGCCGCCACCAGGCAAGCCGAUCAUUUAUUAUCUGAAAGUAGUGACACUUCAAGAAUAUCCAUUUGUAAUGAUGAAGGAUCCGAAUCUCGAUGGAAAAUGUCAAGCGGGCUCGGUUAUUUGUCGAAUCGGGCCAGAAAAUUCUGGUGCUAAUCACAGUGAUCCUCAAUAUUAUCAGUGUUGUUCAGGAUUCUAUAUUGAUAUCUUCAACGUUCUCAAGGAUCGACUUAAAUUCGAAUUUGAACUCUAUCAAGUUUUGGAUCGAACAUGGGGUGGACGGAAUCCCGUCACAAAUAAAUGGAAUGGUCUCGUUGCUGAACUGUUAGAAAAUCGAGCUGACCUCACAUUGACUUCAUUGAAAGUAACAACUGAACGAAAUGCUGCGAUUGACUUCAGCAUACCUUUAAUGGAAACAGGUAUUGCUAUUAUUGUAGCGCUGAGACCAGGUGCUGUAUCAACAACGGCUUUCCUCAAACCGUAUGAUUAUCGGAUCUGGAUUUUAAUCCUAGUAGUUAGUCUUCACAGUGUUGCCAUAGUAGUAUUUAUAUUUGAAUAUGUUCAACAACGCUUUACCAAUUGUGAUGCCAUUCAAAAUAUUGAGAAUCAGCAAUCGAAAUGCAAAACACUUGUUCAACAUGUCCAUGAUCUUGUACGAUUGUCAAGAAAAGAAAAUCUUAAUGUAACAUUUUUUCAAUCUGUUUGGUUAAGUUGGGUUAUUCUGUUUCGUGCACCAGCAAAAGUGAAUCAUCCGAAAAGUUUUACGUCGAAGUUCGUGGCAAAUAUUUGGGCUUGUUUUUGUCUUGCAUUCACAGCUAGUUAUACAGCUAAUCUAGCUGCUUUUAUGAUUACAAAAGAAAUCUAUUUCGAUCUGUCGGGCGUUACUGAUCACCAUCUCGCUAAUCCACAUUCAAUGAAACCAUCGUUCCGUUUUGGAACUAUUGCAAAUGGGAGUACCGAUGAAGUCAUGAAAACAAACCAUAAAGGAAUAUAUUCAUAUAUGAAACAAUUUUUGAAAAGAAAUAUUUCUCAAGGUAUCAAAGCUGUUAAGUCUGGAGAAUUACAUGCUUUUAUAUACGAUGCAGUUGUACUGGACUAUCUAAGUGGACAAGAUGACGAAUGCAAAUUACGUGUCGUCGGGAACUGGUAUGCAAUGUCUGGCUAUGGCAUUGGCUUUCCCAAACAAUCGAAAUUUAAAGAAAUGAUCAACAAAGAGAUUAUCGACAUGCACUAUACCGGUGAAAUUGAACGACUUCGUCGAUUUUGGUUCACAGGAGCUUGUAAAUCUGGUGGUGGUCAUCAGUCACAAAGAAGUAGUCAGCCAUUAGAGACGUUAAAUUUCAUAUCAGCAUUUUUGCUACUUUUCGCUGGCACGAUUAUUGCUAUUAUUAUUCUCCUCUGCGAAAAUGCUUAUGCACGAGUUGCUUCCCAGUCAAAACGUCUGAGCAGAGAACAAGUUAAAAAACAAAACUGUAUGGAAUAUGAACCAAUACUAACGUUCGAUCAUAAAGUCAAGCCUACUCGUCGUGAAAAAUUAUUAGAAAUACAUAUCGAUAAGUUGGAAGAACGAAUUCGUGAAUUAGAGCAAAAUUCACCAUCGGAAGAGUUUCGGUCAACGAACAGUCAAUAUCGAACAAAGUCAAAUGGAUUGAACUAUACGGUGCUACCAAUAACUUAUACACCUGUCGCCGAACAGUCACCUACGUUAGAAAUUGUUUCAAUACCAGCGUUCGGCAGUCAAGAUCAUUCAACUCCAGUACAUGUUGAAAAAACUAAAACUCAUACAUAUGAAACAGUUGUCUGA